GACAAAAAAAAAAUCAGUUUUCUCUUAAAUGGGGUUUUGGGUUUAGCUGUUCAACAUUCACAAUAAUCCCCCAUGUGGUCAGUAGUCAGAUCUCGAACCUUGUCUUCUUUCCUUGCAACACAUCAAUGGAAGAAUCAGCUAGGGUUUCCAAUCAUCAACCGCUCUUUUUCCGGCGCCGCCAGUGAGGGCGGUGAUGAAGCAAUUCGCGCUGGAGAGUUACUGAAACUGGAAGAAGUGGAGACGAUUCUCAGAGAUGUUAAAGCUGAUAAUGUUAAAGUUAUUCCGAUACCUAAACACUGUGAUUUUGCUGAUUUCAUGGUUGUUGCUACUGGUAGAUCCGCUUGGCAUGUUCGGAAUAUUGCUCAAGCCCUAAUUUAUAAGGUUAAGCAGAAGCAAAAAGGAUCAAAGAGAAUGCUGCUACCUAGCGUGGAAGGGCAAGAAGGCGGGAACUGGAUUGUAAUUGACUCUGUUUCUGAUUUUCCUUUAACGGCAAUAGGCAAAUUAGUAAUCCAUGCCCUUGAUGAGAAAGUGAGAGCAUACUACAACUUAGAGAGGCUUUGGAGCACAGAUGCAUCAAACCAGGAUCAUGGUCUCCUCCAGAAUCAGGAUUUGGACAAGGCCUUUGUGAAGGUUCGCCCUAAGAAUAACUCUAAAAAACGGCCCUCUACAAGUGCCUGACCUAUGAGCUUCAGCAUGGAAAAUCAGCUGUCAUGUUGGCUGACAAAUCCAGUCUCUUUAUGGAAGUGGUUUCUUUUAGGAAUAGCUGGGGAUUUACUCAACAGUUUGGAGAUUGUUAUUAGAUCAAAGUUUGCAAGUUCCUUUUUCGUCGUGAGUAUGAUUUUGAUGAUCAUACCCCUGAAACCAUUGAGCUGUACAUUUUGCAAGUUCCAUUUUCAUCGUGAGUAUGAUUUUGAUGAUCAUACCCCUGAAACCAUUGAGCUGUACAUUCUCAAAAUAUGUCACAAACAGCAGCGAAGCCCUUGGCGCGUAAUAGUUGUUCCAGUUAAGGAUGCCUGUUAGGCUCAUGAGUCCUGAUCUUUUUCUUGUUGGUGAAUGAUAUCAGCUUGGUCCACGGAGAAACAAGAAGUUCAAUAAUCAAACUGUUUCUAUUAAGUUCUGUCAAACAUUUUACUGUGUAACCUGUUAUAGUUACUUUCUUAAAAAUGGUAUAACCUGUAUGAUAUGAUCUUGUAGAAAGAUUU